UUACUCUGCUGUUUCUGCUUUUGUUCGGCUGGUCGUCUCCUGUUUCCAUCUUCUGUUAUAAAUGAACCCGUUGUGAAUGAGAACCUGCUGUACAUUGCUUGGCUCUUUGUCAUUAAUAGAUCAACAGGUUACACCAUGAUUUAAAUACAGAUAACAUUGCAAAUGCAACUACCAUGAUGAUGAAGAGCAUCUUACUGGUUGUCUUGUGUCUCUCAGGUCAGUGAAUUCUUAAACAUUUCUGAUGUCUGUCUGCUUAUUAUAGUGAAAUAAUGAAUAAGUCUCAGGAGCUGUCCUCACAAAUACAGUGAUUAGAAAAGUUUUAAACAUGUUGUCUCACUGGGACCAUUGACCAGUCUGCCAGUGGAGGAAGACUUCAGAUCCUUUACUUCAGUAAAAGAAAUGUCAAAAAUACUCUGUUCAUUUAAAAUCCUACUGAAGUAAAAGUACAGAAGUAUCAUGAGCAAAAUGUACAAAAGUCACAGAACCUCUCUGAAUGUUAUUAAUGACACUAAUAGAUUUUUAUGACUGUGUCAGCAGACAUUUAUCUUUCUGAGCAAACAGCUAAAUCAUUGAACCCAGUGGUUCCCAACCCAGGGGUCAUGGCCCUCCAGUUAAAUGUGAGGGGACAUGAGAUGAUUAAUGGGAAACAGGUGAAUUCAUUGAGAACUGUACGUCUUUGGCUGUAACAGUUGAAAUCAAACCUUGUGAGCGGUUUAGAGGGGAAAUGCAUCUUUGAUGGAACUGCUGACAACUCACAGACAUCUGAAAGGUGACAAAGGGCCCCAACUACUUUUCUGUUAGGGCCUCAAUCCAUAAAUGUUGGAACCGCUUGUUAAAUACUGAACAGUGUAUUUUAUUUUCAAUCCGUCAACACAUUAAAACCAUGUGUAAUGUUAACAGAUUGUGGAUUCAACAUGUAACCAAUCAGGCACUUGUUCUCUUCACAGGCUGGGACCCCUCCUCCUGCCUCCUCCAUCAGUACCACUCUGUUCCUGAUCGUAUGAGCUGGACUGAAGCUCAGACCUACUGCAGACAGAAAUACACAGACCUGGCCACCAUCGAAAACACUGAAGAAGUUAACAAAGUUAUUAACAUAACUGUAUCUUCUGGUGAUAGCUCUUGGUUCUGGAUUGGCGUGUACGUUAAUCUGAACUGGAGGUGGUCAGACGGCUACACAGUGACAGGAGCUGACUAUGUGGGGAGGAUAAAAUUUGAUCCAGUUCUAAACUCUGAGCCCAAUACCUCCUGUGUUUUAGGUAGAUCAUACUAUCCAUGGCAGACUAGUAACUGUACACUGGGAUAUCCAUUCAUCUGUAAUAAUGGAACACAGCUGGAUCCUGAAUUUGUUUAUGUGAGUCAAACAUUGAGUUGGUUCAGCGCUCAGAGGUACUGCAGGGAGAACUUCAUGGACCUGGCCACUGUGAGGACCGACACUGAGAGCCAGAAGGUCCUGAGCUUAAUACCGAGUAGAACCUGGGCAUGGAUCGGUUUGUUCGGAGAUCCUCACACUUACUGGUCUGAUGCGAGUAACUCCUCAUUCAGAUUCUGGUACACAGGUUCACAGGAAAUUGACUGGAAAAGUGUUGCAUGUAGUACUUCAUAUGUGGACAAUAGAGGAAGGUGGGAGCUUUUUCCCUGUGAAGAUAGACUCCCAUUUGUCUGCUACAGCGUCCCUGUAAUGAAACGGGCAGUGAAGCUGAGGAUGAAGCUGGAGGACUCCUCUGUGGAUCUGAACGACCCUGCUGUGAAAGCAGACCUGCUGAAAAAGCACCAGGACAAGCUGCAGCAGAAAGGAGAGGGUGGAGUCACCCUGAAGUGGAGAGAGCAGCCUGAUGGGAAAGUCUUCCACAAAGAGGAAGAUGAGCUCUGAAACUGAAAUCCAACUUGUGUUUCUCUGUAAUCCUUGGUGAAUGUUGAUAUUCUACCUUGUGGUGUAGCUUGGCCAGAGUGGCUAGGAAGGUGGUAGGUAGGCAGACUCCAACAUCAUAUGUUUGCAGAGGUGAUUAUUUUAUUGACAAUAGUUGGCAGUACACGGAUAAUUCUAUUCAAAAAAACAAAAAGACUUAAGAAAAAUAACACCUCAAACUAAUAGCAACACUAACAAGAGGCACGUGUUCACAGCAACACCACCUCACUUCUUUUUUCCCCCUGUUUAUAUAGGGUGGUCAAUUCACACCCAACAGCUUCAGCCCAUCCCAUUCUGAUGCAGGUUGAUCUACUCCACAACAUUUAUAUCUAGAAAUCUCUUAAUAUUUAGAACUUCGUUAUCAGUUCACUCCGCUCCCACUGCCUAGAAAACAGGUCAGGGUUAUUCACACAUUUAUUCAUAAUAAUCAAAAACAACCAAAAGAAACAUUCCUAUAAAGAAAGAAAACCCUCUACUUGGUUUGGCCCGGUGAUGUCAUCCAUGACCACCCUAUUCCUAUAAAACAGGAAAUGCUUAGGCCUGCCCCUCCCCAAACAAUUAUCCUGCAUGGUGGAACUGAACAAAGGAACAAACAAUUGUAAGUAUUAACACAGGAAAACAAUUAAACCAUGUUUAAACUUGCAACCUAAUAAAAUUGAGCUGAAACUAA